AUGGCAACAGUUAAAGUUGACGGCCAACAGCGCUAUCAUGACACGACCGCGGCUUACGUGCUCCCAAAAGCAAACGAUGUCAUUGAGCAAGAUCGACUUGAUACUCAAGCAGCUGCCAUUGUCGAGAUGAUUGGUGGCUCCCCUCUCUUAGCUCCAUUGCAGACACUGGAUAAUAUUUCCAAGGUGGUUGAUAUUGGCUGUGGUACUGGUGUGGCGACCAUCCAGAUUGCUACAAUCUUACCAUCUGCCACCAUUUACGGUCUCGACCUAACCCCAGUCCCAGAGGAGUCAAGGAAAAUGGCACCGGGUAACGUGGUCUGGGCUCAAGGAAAUGCAUUGGAUGUUGACUACAACCAACCCGAUGAUGGUAUCCUAAGCCGUGAGAUAUUCAAACCGGAAGGAUUGGAUUAUAUCUUCGGUCGCAUGCUUUUCUUAGGUAUCAACAAUUGGCCAAAGUACUUUUCAACCACGUCACAUGCGCUGAGGUCUGGUGGCAUAAUUGAGCAUCAGGAUUUAGACUGGAAAUUUUAUCGCGUCGGGACCGCAGAGUGUGUGAGCGAUGAUUGGGAGUGGCACAAAGCAAUCUUAUCCGGAGCUCAAAAGUCCGGACUGUCGACAAUUUCUGGUUCUGGAGCAGCAGCGAUAAUGAGAGCUUGUGGUUUGGAGGUGAUCAAUAUCCAAAGUUUUGAGUUUUCAUUUUCGGCGUCAAGCAAAACGCCUAAAAGUCAAGCAAUGGCGAGGUAUGUCCAAGCUAAAUUGAUACCACAGUAUCCGGAGUUACUUGGUAAAAUGCUUGGAGCUAUUGGCAUAAGUGGAGAGAAAUUGGAUACAUUGACCAGAGCAUGUCUCCAUGACAUCAAUUCUGAGGAGGGCUUGUACCAGAAGUACACCGUCACUAUUGCAAGAAAGCCCUAG